CUUAACAUUAUAAAUCUUUAUAAUGUACCAUUUUAUUAAUGUUUCAAAUUAAUUUUAACUGUAUAUUACAUAAAAAAUUUUAAAAACUUUAAUUUCAUAUAUAAUAUAGUGAAAUAUACUUCGAGUAACAUAUGAACCACAAAUCAGAAGUUUCACCUAAAGAUCAUAAGCAUGAUGAUCAUCUUAAUAAAGAAUCUGCCGAUUCACCGAGAUGUCAUUCAGACGGACUCGAAUAUGAUAAUAAAUUGAUGCUAAUUGAAAAAAAGGAGAACAUAAAGAUGAUCGGAUUGAAAGAUGAGGAAAAAGAAGACCGUUUUUCAGAUUCUAAAGAAUCAGAGGAUAACUUUUUAGAAUGUGAAAGUGAUGUUGAAUUUGCAAAUGAUUCUGAAAACCAUUUUUUCAACAAUAUUCAGGGUUCAAAUGUAUGCAAGGAGUCCGAGGUUCUUGAUAAGAAAAGUUUAUAUUUAAAUGCAGUAAAAAAUUUUAAUGUAAAAAAUUUAAUAAAAUCACAUAGUUAUCACUGUUUUCCGUCAAAUUUUAACGGAUUUGAGGGCCCUAACGGCCACCCAUUAAAUUCCCAAACCUUUGUACAUGGAGCCCAAUACGGCUCCAUUUCUAACCAGUAUUACCAUUUAAAUCCAGAAUUACUUUCACUUCAUAAUCAAGGGGGCGGUUAUUCCCCAGCCUUCCAGGGUCAAUUCAUCGACCCUGAGCUUGUUCAGGACAGAACAAUGAUUUCAAAAUCCUUCCUAUCCAGGGAAAGUAGAAAAGGCUCCCGUGAUAGGACUAAUGACAUUCCCAACCUCCAAAACGAUAAUUCUGCAAGCGACUCUAUAUACGAAGACUUUUCGGACAUACCAUCAGAGGUAAACUCUGAACUGGAGUCUAGAAUAAUUGAAUUUCACGAAGCCAAAAAAAGUUUAACCACCUCAGAAAACGGUGAUAUUGCUGAAGGUGCCAACAGACAGGAUUCUAGCAGUUUAGUAUACGAACCUGAAGAUGAAAUUGAUGAAUUGUUUGACAGAGUUAUCAAUUGUGAAUACGACCCGGACUUCACCUUCAUCCCAGUGGCAUUGGACCCUUACGUUAAGAUUUCCAACAAGUUAAUUGCAAAAAGGUCUAAACGUUAUCCGCGUCACAUGGCCAACGCUAAGUCAUCUAAAAAAUCUUCAGGAGGCUCAUCUUCUUCAUCCUCUUCCUCAUGCUCCGGUGAGUGUGGACAUAAAUCUUCAAACCAGAAAGGUGUUAAUUCAAAAGUAAAGAUUAAAACUAAUGAAGACAAGUCAUCACUCUCAUAUUAUGUUCCCGGGGAUUCAUCGGCAGCUAAAAACGGUUUAGUCUCGGAUGAAUCACAUGAGAAACACACCAACAACUCAGCUGAUAAUAAGAUAGGAGACCGUAUAAACGUAAAGGAUAUUGACGAGUAUAAACAAGUUGUGAGAUUAGAUACAAAAAUAGAGCCUUCAGUAAACUUCCAUGAUGUUCAAGAAUACGACAGCACAGAUUCUGAGGUUGAAAAGCAAAAAGAACGCGCGAGAGUACUGUUUGAAGCGACUAAGAAGGAGGAUCAAGAACCCUAUUCAGAAUCAGAUGAUGAGGACCUAUCUCCAAAUAUCAAGAACCUCAAACUCAGCAAGAAAUCGAGUGAAGAUAAAUCAAAAUCUGAUAAGAAGUCAAAAAAGUCCAAGCAUAAAUCUGACCAGGAAUCAGAGGAUGAAAAGGUCUCUAAAAGUGAUAAAAAAUCGGACAAAAAAUCUUCAAAAUCAUCUAAACACAACAAUGAAGCUGAUAAUGAUAAAGAUAUUGGGAAACUUGACAAAUCAGAUCCUGAAAAAGGAGGUAAAACUGACAAAACAGAAGUUGAAAAGGCUGAAAAGGGAGAUAAGAGUGAAAAACACAAAGAUAAAAAGUCAGAAAAGAUUAAAAAAGUAUCCUGGAAGUCAACAGACUAUGACAUGAUAUUCAAUAACUUGGGAGAGUGUUUCUCAUCUGGACACAUUGGCCACGACACCAAUCCAAUAGUUCUGAAUAGAAAGGGCUUUUACACUCUGUUUUUCAGAAACUCUAAGUACCCAUAUGACUCCAACAUUGACUUCUACCUCUUUAGAAUUGGAUUCAAAUACUCCCUAGUAAAUGAACCCAAAGGCCAAGCUGCAAUUAUAGACGAUGUUGUUGAUUAUGGAAAUUUUAAGAUUAAGUUAUCUGGUAACAUCAGUCUUAGCCCCAAUGUUACGAAAAUGAUUCUCAUUUACUCAAAUUCUGAAAGACAACUCCUUGAAUUCACUUUAACACCAUCAGCAUUUGAUUCUAAACCUAAAUUGGCAUACAAGUUGUUUUACAGUGGACCUCUUCUAUCAAUACCAACUCCACUUAGAUUCAAAAGAAGUCUCCGUGUUUUAUCAUUGGAUAACAGUGAGAACCUGGGAACUUCAGUAAUUGGAUCACUAUACUUGCUUGAAAAGAAGCUUAGCGAGCUCAAGAAGAAGAAAAUUAACCUAGCAGACUACUUUGACUAUAUCUGUGGAACAGGUUCUGGAGCUCUGAUAGCUCUUUGUCUCCUGAAGGGUUACUCAAUGAAAGAUCUCAGAGUCAAGUGGAACCAGAUAGUCUCCAGCCUAUUCAAGUGGGCACAUUCCCUUCCCUCUGGCAUAAUUUUCGAUUAUUACUAUAUUGAGGAGUUCAAGAAGAGCUUUAUUAACAUCCUUGGAACCGACUUCAUGUGCUCCAAGUCAUACCCACAUUGCAUGGUCACGUCCACCAACGUUAGAUCAAACCCCUACGGAAUGUUCUUAUUCCGAAACUAUGGAAACUCCAAAUUUGGUUCACUUGACGGAACUUCUUAUGCUCCUUUAUGGCUUGUGGGCUGGUCAUCUUGUGCAUUACCCACCUACGUCAGGGGGCCAAGUAACUCUCACCUGACUAAUAUUGGCUAUAAUAUGAUAAACAAGGUCCACAUGGUCGACGGAUCAGUUGUAUCCUCAAGUCCAAGCCUUGUCUCACUCCAGGAACUAACAAAUAUCUAUAAUAUUAACUUAAGGACCCUUGUUAAGGAUAAUAUGGAUUUGUUUUUGAGUAUUGGAACUAGCAAGUCUGAGAACGACUCCGGAUCUAUAAACUCCUCUACUUGGCAAAUACUGUUAAACAGCAAGAACCUCAUGUAUAACACUCAGCUGCAGCACAUGCAUCUUACCAGCCUCUUUGAGGAGUAUGAAAACAAGUACCACAGGAUUCAGCUCCCCAUUUACCCUGGCUGCAAACACGGAAAAACUUCCAAGGAGGAUGUGGACGCUGUUUUGACGUCCACCAUCCAGUACAUUUCAAGACAUGACAACAACCGCAUUGAGCAAAUUGUUAAGAUUUUAAAUCAGUAAGCAUUUUAAUUUAAUAAUUUUUAUAA